AUGGUGAAGGAAAGCAUCCGGGUGUACGCGCGCCUGAAGCCUCUGGGCAGGCGGCAGCAGGCGGGGAUUUACUCAGUUGAGGAUGAAAUAUCUGCAUCCAGUCUGGAGAUUAUCGUGCCACGUGAUUUAGCAGAUGGGUUUGUCAACAAUAAGCGAGAGAGCUACAAGUUCAAAUUUCAGAAAAUUUUUGAUCAAGAGGUGAAGCAAGAUGUGGUUUUUGACAGCAUUGCCAAACCAGUGGCAGAAUGUGCUUUGGCAGGAUAUAAUGGUACUAUCUUUGCAUACGGCCAAACAGGCAGUGGCAAAACAUUUACGAUCACAGGAGGAGCUGAACGUUACAGUGACAGAGGCAUCAUUCCCAGGACCCUCUCUUACAUUUUUGAUCAAUUGCAGAAGGACAACAGCAAAGUCUAUACAACUCAUGUUUCUUACUUAGAAAUCUACAAUGAAUGUGGUUAUGAUCUGUUGGACCCAAGACAUGAAGCUUCCAGAUUAGAAGAUUUGCCAAAAGUGACAAUAAUGGAAGACCCCGACCAGAACAUUCACCUGAAAAACCUAUCUCUUCAGCAAGCAAGCAAUGAAGAGGAAGCCCUAAAUUUGCUCUUCUUGGGAGACACUAACAGAAUGAUUGCUGAGACCCCAAUGAACCAAGCCUCAACUCGAUCUCACUGCAUUUUCACUAUUCACAUCUCUAGCAAGGAACCUGGAUCUCCAACUAUCCGACAUUCUAAGUUGCACUUAGUAGACCUUGCAGGAUCAGAGCGUGUUGCAAAGACUGGAGUUGGAGGUCAUUUAUUGACAGAAGCCAAAUAUAUCAACUUAUCAUUACAUUAUUUAGAGCAGGUAAUAAUUGCACUUGCAGAGAAAAACAGAUCCCACAUUCCCUAUCGAAACUCCAUGAUGACCUCGGUGCUAAGGGACAGUCUGGGAGGAAACUGCAUGACCACAAUGAUUGCAACUCUCUCUUUAGACAAAAGAAACAUAGAGGAAUCUAUAUCAACUUGCAGAUUUGCACAACGAGUUGCUCUUAUUAAAAAUGAAGCAGUUCUUAAUGAAGAAACUGACCCCAAAUUGAUGAUUAUUCAGCUGAAAAGAGAGAUCCAAGAGUUGAAAGAUGAGCUGGCACUGGUGACUGGCAUGCAAAGAACAUCACAGCUUUCGCAAGAAGAGCUACUUCACUUGGAUGAAUUAAUAGAAACAUUUCUGGAAGAUGAUGAUCCUGAAACCACUUUGGAUGUUGGAGCAGAUAUGCGCAAGAUCAAGUACUGCUUCACUUACUUGAAGCUACGACAGAAUCAUUCAAAGGUUUCUGAUGAAAAGCUGCUCUCACAUCACAUCUGUGAAGAAAAAGACACUAGCAAAGAAGCAGGAAAAGAGGAAUUGAAAAAAAUGAAAGAACUUCUGCAGCAAAGAGACAAUGAGAUCAAUAUUCUGGUAAAUAUGCUAAAAAAUGAGAGAAAGAAAACACGAGAGGCUCUUUUUCAGCUCAAUGCUGCCUCUGCUGGUUCUACAUCAUUGAAGCAGUCUCAUUCUAUAAACUUAGAAGAAAGUCAAAACCCGCCAAGAUUUUUUAGUCUAAAAGAAGCAAAAGAUCUCAGCUCUUCAGUUCACAGGCUGCCUUUUCUUUCCAGAACUAAAGAAGGAAAGAUGUCACUUGGAUGUCAUGAGGCUUUUGAAGUUUUCAUGCAGGACCAUGCUGACAGUAUAACCAUUGAGGACAACAAACAGCUUCUCAAACAGAGGUAUGCUGAAGCUAAAUGUCUUGGAGAAAAAAUAAAUGAAGUGAGAAAUAAAAUAAACCAUCUGAAAGGAGAGGUAACACGGCGACAUAUUCAAAGAGCUGCUCUAGCUGUUUCCAAUCCUUCUGAAGUGCUAGAUGCUCUUGAUCCAGUAGAAGAGAAACUUCGAACUCAAAUUGAUGAAGAGAAAAAAAGUUAUAAAACAAUGUUCAAUCGCUUGAAAGGGCUGAAGGUAGAGAUUGAACACCUGCAGCUUCUCAUGGAAAAAGCCAAGAUGAAGCUGCAAAAAGACUUUGAAGCCUGGUGGACUGAAGAGGGAACAAAUCUACAGACCCAGCAAGAAAAGACAGAGUUGGUUAACUCACCGAAUAGCACGACGAUUUAUCCCCAGUUCAUCAAAUCUUCACAACAUCUAUCAGCUAACAGUUUUUCAGAGACCACAAGAACCAAUUCCAAUGCAGAUUCAUUUGGGAAAAACAAUUCAAUUGUUUUUGAUAACCCAACUACAAAAAUAAGGACCUCACCAAGUUCAAGUACAUCUAUUCCUCUGACUGGAGACAGCCAGACUGAUGCUGACAUCCUAGCUUUCAUUAAAGCAAGACAGAACAUUCUACAAAAGAAAGGCCUGGGAAACAAAUGAAGUUCUUGUAGCAGCCCACU